AUGUCCAGUGGGGGUAGGUUUAAUUUUGACGAUGGAGGGUCCUACUGUGGAGGCUGGGAGGACGGCAAGGCUCACGGCCAUGGCGUCUGCACCGGCCCCAAGGGCCAAGGCGAAUACACCGGCUCGUGGAGCCACGGCUUCGAGGUACUGGGCGUCUACACCUGGCCCAGCGGCAACACGUACCAGGGCACUUGGGCGCAGGGCAAGCGCCACGGCAUCGGCCUGGAGAGCAAGGGGAAGUGGGUGUACAAGGGCGAGUGGACGCACGGAUUUAAGGGGCGCUACGGGGUGCGGGAGUGCACGGGCAACGGGGCCAAGUACGAAGGGACCUGGAGCAACGGGCUGCAGGACGGCUACGGCACCGAGACCUACUCCGAUGGAGGGACCUACCAGGGCCAGUGGGUCGGCGGCAUGCGUCAGGGCUACGGCGUGCGGCAGAGCGUCCCCUACGGCAUGGCAGCGGUCAUCCGCUCGCCCCUGAGGACCUCCAUCAACUCCCUGCGCAGCGAGCACACCAACGGCGCCGCGCUGCACCCCGACGCCUGCCCCGCCGUGGCCAGUAGCCCAGCCGUGUCCCGGGGGGGCUUCGUGCUCGUGGUGCACAGCGACUCUGAGAUCCUCAAGAGCAAGAAGAAGGGGCUGUUCCGGCGCUCGCUGCUGAGCGGGCUGAAGCUGCGCAAAUCGGAGUCCAAGAGCAGCCUGGCCAGCCAGCGCAGCAAGCAGAGCUCCUUCCGCAGCGAGGCCGGCAUGAGCACCGUCAGCUCCACGGCCAGCGACAUCCACUCUACCAUCAGCCUGGGUGAGGGCGAGGCCGAGCUGUCAGCCAUCGAGGACGACACCGACGCCACCACCACCGAGACCUACGUGGGCGAGUGGAAGAGUGACAAGCGCUCGGGCUUCGGCGUGAGCCAGCGCUCGGACGGGCUCAAGUACGAGGGCGAGUGGGCUGGCAACCGGCGGCACGGCUACGGCUGCAUGACCUUCCCCGACGGCACCAAGGAGGAGGGCAAGUACAAGCAGAACAUCCUCGUGAGCGGCAAGCGCAAGAACCUCAUCCCGCUGCGUGCCAGCAAGAUCCGCGAGAAGGUGGACCGGGCCGUGGAGGCGGCCGAGCGGGCGGCCACCAUCGCCAAGCAGAAGGCGGAGAUCGCGGCCUCCAGGACCUCCCACUCCCGGGCCAAGGCGGAGGCGGCCCUCACCGCGGCUCAGAAGGCCCAGGAGGAAGCGCGCAUCGCCAGGAUCACUGCCAAAGAGUUCUCCCCUUCCUUCCAGCACAGGGAAAACGGGCUCGAGUACCAGCGGCCGAAGCGUCAGCGUUCCAGUGACGACAUCGAGGUCAUCUCCGCCGGGACACCGUUACAGCAGGAGAGCCCAGAGCUGUACCGCAAGGGCACCACCCCCGACGACAGCCCCCUGCAGAGCUUCCCCGCCAGCCCCACGGCCACCCCUCCACCGGCCCCCGCCUCGAGGAACAAGGUGGCCCACUUCUCCCGGCAGGUCUCGGUGGACGAGGAGCGGGCUGGGGACAUCCAGAUGCUCCUGGAGGGCCGGGGAGGGGACUGCGCCCGGAACAGCUGGGGAGAGGAGAAGGCCGGGGGCUCCAGGGGCGUCCGCAGCGGCGCCCUCCGAAGCGGCCAGCCCGCGGAAGCCUUCCGGGCCCGGGGCCCAGGCCACAGGCAGCCCAGCAACCCCAAGCCCCGGGAGCGGCGGACGGGGUCCCCCACCACUUUCUCCUGGACUUCCCACCACCGGGCCGGCAACCCCGGCCCGGGGAGCACCAAGCUGCUGGAGCUGGACGAGGAGAAGCUGAGCAACUACGAGAUGGAGAUGAAGCCCCUGCUGAGGAUGGACUCCUACACGCAGGAGGUGCACCCCCCGAAAAGACGCUACAGCAAGGGGGGCACCGAGGACCGGGGCUUCGGGGCCCAGAGACUGCGGUCCAAGUCCCAGAGCAAGGAGCACGCCAGGCCGGCCUCGUGCGCGGAGCCCGCGGUUCAGAGGCUGGAGAGCCUGCGGCUGGGGGACCGGGCGGAGCCCCGGCUGCUGCGCUGGGACUUGACCUUCUCUCCGCCCCAGAGGUCCUCGCCGGUGGCGCUGGAAUCGGACGAGGAGAACGGGGACGAGCUCAAGGCCGGCACGGCCUCGGCGCCUAUCCUGGUGGCCAUGGUGAUCUUGCUAAACAUCGGAGUCGCCAUUUUGUUUAUUAACUUUUUCAUCUGAGGAGAUUGUCGCAUUA